GAUCCGGACGCUGUUCGCGAAUCGUCGUCGAGGAGCCGGGCAGCCGCCGAUUAGUGAACGACUAACCCGGCCAGCCUUCCGACAUGGGCAAUCUACAGUCCAAAAAGCUCCCGGACGACCAGCUUAAGGAAUUGCAAAAGUCGACCAACUUCGACAAGAAGGAGCUGCAACAAUGGUAUAGGGGCUUCCUCAAGGACUGCCCGUCGGGCAUACUCACCAAGUCCGAGUUCCAAAAGAUCUACGCGCAGUUCUUCCCCUUCGGCGACCCGUCCACCUUCGCCGACUACGUCUUCAACGUCUUUGACACGGACAAGUCGGGCACCAUCGACUUCAAGGAGUUCAUCUGCGCCCUGAGCGUCACCAGCCGCGGCAAGAUGGAGGACAAGCUCGACUGGGCCUUCCAGCUGUACGACAUCGACGGCGACGGCAAGAUCAGCUACGACGAGAUGCUCAAGAUCGUUGAGGCGAUCUACAAGAUGGUCGGCUCGAUGGUCAAGCUCCCCGAGGACGAGGACACGCCGGAGAAGCGGGUGCGCAAGAUCUUCCGCAUGAUGGACAAGGACGAGAACGGCAGCCUCGACAUGCAGGAGUUCAAGGAGGGCAGCCAGCGCGACGCUACCAUCGUCUCCGCCCUCUCGCUGUACGACGGCUUAGUGUGACCCAAACUAGAGAACCUUGUCGGGCUUCUUUUCCUUUCCGUCCGUUUAUUCCUCGUCUUUUCCUCUUUCCUCUCAUGCUGUGAUGCUGUGCAAGAUGAACCAGGUGCCUGGGGUUGCGGUAAAUACGGUUGCGGAUACCUCGGAGAGAGCUUGGAUGGUGGCGUGUGCCGGAGGCUUGUGAUAUCCGGGUUAAGGCGGUUGGUUUUUUUGCCGUGGCGCCCUGCAAACGGCAGGCUUUUUGCAAAGUCAAACAAUUCAGCGCAUUCAACACACACCUCGAGAGCCGAUCUUGUGGAGAGACUGCGCAAGGGGAGACAAGGAGGGCAGGUUCAGCUGCGCGCUGAGUCUCCCUACCUAGCUUGAAGAUCACGCACAAUCAUCUAGAUCCCAGCAGCUCUCCCGCCAAGUCUAUCAAAUACCUGGCAAUGCCG